GAGAGGACCUGGCCGGUUGUUGGUGGUGACAUUGGACUGUUCUCAGGAGGGACACCCACGUUGUCCAUGGAUUUUGUUGCUGGAGCCAUCGGAGGCGUCUGCGGUGUUGCUGUGGGCUACCCCCUGGACACGGUGAAGGUCAAGAUCCAGACGGAGCCCAAGUACACAGGCAUCUGGCACUGCGUCCGGGACACGUAUCUGCGAGAGCGGGUGAGGGGCUUCUACAGGGGCCUCUUGUUGCCCAUAAGCACAGUGUCCCUGGUCUCGUCACUGUCUUUCGGCACCUACCACAGCUGCCUCACACGCAUCUGCCGGUUCCGGUAUGGCAGCGCCGACGCCAAGCCCGCCAGGACCGACAUCACGCUCUCGGGUUUCGCCUCUGGCCUCGUCCGUGUGUUCCUGACCUCGCCUACCGAGGUGGCCAAGGUCCGCCUGCAGACCCAGACCCAGACGCAGAUGCAGGCGCAGAUGCAGCAGAGGCGGAGAUCCUCGGCCUCAUGGCCCUCGGCGGUGCCCCCCAUGUGUCCCGCACCCCCUGCAAGUCAGGUGCCUGGGCCCAAGUACCGGGGGCCGCUGCACUGCCUGGCCACGGUGGCCCGUGAGGAGGGGCUGCGGGGCCUCUACAAGGGCAGCUCGGCCCUGCUCCUCCGGGAGGGCCACUCCUUCGCCACCUACUUCCUCUCCUACUCCAUCCUCAGCGAGUGGCUCACCCCUGCUGGCCACAGCCAGCCAGAUGUCCUGGGUGUGCUGCUGGCUGGUGGCUGCGCAGGGGUCCUGGCCUGGGCUGUGGCCACCCCCAUGGACGUGAUCAAGACUCGCCUGCAGGUGGACGGGCAGGGCCAGCAGCGCUACAGGGGCCUCCUGCAUUGCGUGGUGACCAGCGUGCGGGAGGAAGGGCCGCGGGUCCUCUUCAAGGGGCUGACGCUCAACUGCUGCCGUGCCUUCCCCGUCAACAUGGUGGUCUUCGUCAGCUACGAAGCCGCGCUGAGGCUCACCCGGGGCCUGUUCAAGUAGCUGUCCCACCGCUUGGGGCCCAGCCUGUGGAGGCCCGCUCCCAAGGGGUCCCUCAGGGUAGAGGUGGCGUGGGAUGAAAGCACCAGAGACCAGGGCUUAGGAGGACUGGCACAAGGCACCAGCACCAGCAACUUUAUUUUUUACACACACUGUUUUAUACUAAGCUGUGGCCGGUCAUGCUUCAUAGAUCACUGCUAGGGCUUGGCCUAUCAUGGGGAAGUAGCAGAUUGUUACAAGCUGGGCAAGACUGGGCAAGCUUUGUCUAGAUCCAUCUAUGUAUGACAGUUGCUAUGACAAAAGUUUGCUUGCCUAGAUCACAAGAACUGGGGUGCAAGCCAAGUUCAUGUCCUUUACAUGACUUGGAGUGGGGUCAGGCCUUUCCUGGACCCUUACUGUCUCUUACACCAGCCCACCGGAGCUUCCACAGGUCAGAGUAGCUAGAGGAGGCAAAGGGGAGUGUCCCCACUGGGUGGUCACCGAGGACAGCGGGGAGCCACCCCGAAGACAGGCAGCUGGGACCUGGGUGUGGUCCGCCAGCUACAGAGCAGAGAAGGUCAAAGCCAUCUGUUACCAGCUGGGUUGGCCUGAGGGUCACAGGAGCCAGGAAGGAGCGGCCUCUUGGGUGAAGGCAUCUGUCACAUGGUCCUGGGUGCAGGUGGUCAGUUGUCCAUUCCAGCCUCCCCCGCCCCGUGUCUUCAGAGCACCCCGUGUCUGCACCACCAUUUACUCAGCUGUCCUCUGGGCCACUACCCCACCCCACUCAGCCCCCUGCUACUUAGGGCACCCAAGUCCCUUAGAUGCAGCUCACCUGGUCCCUCCCCACCUCAGAGGCCCUGUCCGGCGGCCUGGCGAGCUGGUGUGAGGGCAGGUCGUGCUACCCCCUCUGCCUGUGCACUUGGAGGGGGACUGUUGCCAAUUAAAUGUUCCUGAGGAAGCUCA